AUGGGUCGUCCUAACGUACAAGAAGAUGCGAAACGCGUCUUUGAGAUCUUAAAAGGAGGUGGCAUAGCAAUCUGCCCAGCAGAUGUCGGAUAUGCUGUUAUGGCCAUCAAUCCAAAAUCGCUCGAGAAGAUCUUCUUGACGAAGCAACGAGGAGCCCACAAGCGGCAUGCUGGGAUUGGGUCGUACGCCAUUCAUAAGGAGGUGCACAUUAUGGAACCUCUACAUCACGAAAUCGUCGACCAUCUGACGCAGGAUCUCGAUAUUCCGGUCGGUGUCAUCGCGCGGUAUAAGCGGGAUCAUCCAAUGGUCAAAAAUAUCGACCCUGUCACUAUGGAGGCAUGCGACGUGAACGGGAGUCUUUCGGUUCUGGUUAACGCUGGGGCAUUCCAGGACGCGCUAACAAGCUUGACGUUUGCCGAAAACAUACCGCUCUUGGGUAGUUCGGCAAAUUUAUCGGGCACAGGGACUAAAUAUCGCGUGGAUGAUAUCAAUAAGGAGCUCAUUGACAUCGCGGAUAUCGUGAUAGACUACGGACUGCUGAAGUGGUGGGUUCACGGUCGAAGUUCCACGCUGCUAGAUUUCAGCGGCCCUUCCGUGGAGGUAAUCAGAAUUGGUGCUUGUUACGAUGUAAUCAGGGACGUACUCAAGCGUCGAUGGAAUAUUGAUCUUCCACCAGACCCGGGUAUGGAGUCGCUGAGGUUUGGUCACUUAAGGAAUCUGGAUCCGGUCAAGUCAUUACAGGACUUAAUUACCCCUAUUCACAGUAAAUCGACUACAGGCUAA